AUGAGACUCACUAACUGUUUGAACGACUUUAAAAAAAUUGGCGAACUGACGAAGAAGUAUGCUAACCUACCGGAUUCGUACAUCAAGCGUAGCAUGGAGAGAGUAGUGUGGAAAACGCCACAAAACAACCCUCGAUAUUUACCAAGAGUUGUUAAGAAAAAGAAAUACCAUUUCUCUACCCACAGACCGUGGUCGAUUGGUUUCUCUGCUGAUAACAAUGUCAACUCUGUGAAACCAAAAGUGUUCGUAGAACCAAUCAAAGAAUGGUCGUUUUUCAAAGGGGACAGGGUUGAAAUAUUAGUUGGGCCUGACAAGGGAAAACAAGGAAUCGUCGGAAAUGUAAUCCAGGAGAGGAACUGGGUGAUUGUAGAUGGUUUGAACUGUGAAAUAGAAGAAGUUUCUCAUUAUAAAGGUCAUUUGUCAAUGAUCCAAAUGCAGGAGAAACCACUGUUAGUCACUAGUGAAGUAUCAUUAGUUGACCCGUCAGACUUGCAAGGUUGUACUGUCGAAUGGAGGUACACAGAAGCUGGUGAAAAAGUACGUGUAUCUACUAGAACGGGAAAAAUAAUUCCAAUACCAUCGUUAGCUCAAGAAACUUAUGACUAUAAAACACCAAAAACAUACAAAGAAUCUGAAAAAGAUACCAGAGAAGAAGAUUUAACAGAAAUAACUUUCGCUCCUUCAUUGAAAACAUUUGAAAUGGAUAUCAUGGAAAAUAUGGGUAUAAAAGAAGACAGAGUUGCUGCUCCAACUUAUUGGUAUUGAUUAUGAUUUGUGUUAUUAUAAAUAGAAGUAAAAUAGUUUUUACCGUAAAAAAUAUGA